AUAAAGCUCAAGCAGAGAGACGAAAUCAAGAAUUCAUUUCAAAUGGAGUGCCAAGCUACAGGAAACCCAAAAACCGGAGAGGCAACCGCCCAGUGCGGAUUGAGGGUCGGGGAUGAUCUUGCCAGUGCUCGGGCCGGAGUAUUCGCCUCCACUUCAGGCACUGGUGGUCCAGUCACCAAGGGAGUUUAUGGAGCGGUCAACGCCAAUAGCCAUGCUCUAUCGCUGCAGCAUGGCCACAUCGAGGGCAUGGGCAGCACAACCACUGCCGCAGCCCAAGCCAAUCUCUUCCAGAGCAACAACGCCGCCUUGAAUGCCACUGCUUUCCACAGUCAUAGUCGAUCACAUGAUCAGUUUGGUGGUGGAUUCAAUUUGCAAACUGGAGCGGGUCACCAGGCGGCAGUGGGGGUCACUAGGGUGCCGCAGUUCGGUAUGACCGUCGUCCAGGCUUCUGGCACUGCAAACCUGUAUACCUCUCCAAGUGGAAACCGCAACCUCAACGCCACUGGAAGUGCCAAUCACCACUUGAGGGGACCGAUGCGGGGAAAGUCCGAUUUCGGCACCGGAGUUAACUUGCGAUAUAAUUUUUGAUUUUUGUCAGUAUUAUCUAUAAUGCUGAAAUGUAGUCAGGAAAUGUGAAAUGUAAAAGCUUGAAUUAAGAAUCUUAUUUAUAUCCUUUUUCUACUUAGUAACACGCAAAAUCAUUCAACUGCCCAACCUCCUGUCAAAGUGCCCAUCGAUUUCCCAUAUUUCAUUGAGCGAAAUUUACACAAUAACCGAACCACUUGGGAAAUCCUUUGGGGUUCGAAGACCUAUCUACAGACAGACGUAGACCAUGAGAAACAAAUUUUUGACUAGUCAGCUUUUUGGCCAAUGUGUUUUUUUCCAGCAAUGUGUUCAAGCGCCGCAACCGCUA